AUUGUUCUGUGCUAGUGACUUAAUGACAUUGACAUUUUUUGCAUUUGCGAAAAUCGUGGAAAAUAAUAGAUACGAAAAAUACGUAUUAAUACUAGUAUUUUGUAAUGAAAUAAAACUACAAGUGUCCAAGAAUCUUAGAAAAAAAAAUUGAAUUAUUUAUCUUAUUCAAUUUUAUUAGGAAAUUAUUGAUGUAUGGAAUGAAAAUGUCGAGCACUUUUUCAAAAACAGUAAAAGUUAAUGUAAAUGUGCCCCGGAUUGCUAGCUUGUCCUCGCGCCCAACAGCUUCAGAGGUACUAACUGCAUAUCUAAUACAGUGUAACGAACCACCUUGGACUUCCUACUUUGUAAAGUACAGUAGUGUGAAAGAUGAUCAGUUUGGGAUGUCAAACUUUAACUGGAUGGUUGGUAGAUCUAAUUAUCAAAUAUUACGAACUGGAUGCUUCCCUUACAUUAAAUACCAUUGCUCAAAGAAAGAAAAGGAAGAUCUUCAGGUGUCAGAUAAAUUCAUGAGAGCUGUGAAAGUUGUGAAUUUAGGUAUACCCUGUCUGCUCUAUGGUCUGGCUGCUACACAACUUAUAAGGCAUACAGAAAUAGUUCACACUACCAAAGGCCCAGUCAAAAUAUACUUUCUUUUACCAGAGCAUAAAGGUUCCCGUUACUAAUGGAAACUGACACUGUAAAAAUAACUGUCAAGUUUGAUGGGUAUAUCUUUUACAAAAUAAAAU